AUGGUUUUCAAUCCCCUGGUUGUUAUUCUCAAAGAAAACAAACUGGUUGAACCUAAUUAUAUUGACUGGAAAAGGAACUUGAAUAUUAUACUGACUGUAGAGGAGUACAAGUAUGUGCUCGUAGAGGUAUGUCCACAGAAACCCAGUGAAAGGGCAACCGAUGAGGAAACCCAAGCUUACCGGAAGUGGAUUAAAGCCGAUGAGAUGGUGCGGUGUUACAUUUUGGCAUCUAUGUCGAAUGUUCUGCAACAUCAGCAUCAGUUUAUGCCUUCUUCCGAUGACAUAAUGCAGAACCUCAAAGAAAUGUUUGGGGAUCAAAAUCGUGUUGCUAGGCAGACUGAAGGAACUUAUGAAUACUAUUAUGGCAAAAGGGACCUAGUAAGGGAUCAUGUUCCUGAAGAUGAUUAG